GCAGCCCGCCGACGGUGGAUAUAGUAUAAGUGGCAGCAAGUGUGUCUGGCUGUGUUUACCUCUAGCUCACGUGGCGAACAGAAGUAGCUCUGAAUUUCUGGUUCCACUGUGCGGCUUGCAACGUCGGAAAGUUUUUAUUUCAAAGCUUUUGUGACUUGAACUUCGUUUGUGAAGUUCCAGCGAACGCUCACCGGGAACCUGAGACACGGCUGCGGUGAACGGCAGUCGGCUCAAGUGAAAACCCUCCUAAAAACUGACUCUUUUUUAAACUCUACCCAUGUUCGAAGUGACUAACAAAUGGAGUCUGCAUUGUAAAACAAAGACUUGACACAGACUCCAUAGCACCUUACGAGCUUUAGUACAAAUUUCCAAUCCUUUCUCUCGAAAUGCAGUGCAAGGCUAUACAGAUGGCUUCCCCCAGCACCUGGUCUAGUCCCGCCUGGGCCCAGCCGUCGCAGCCGCCCGUCGGCAGCCUCCGCUUGUCGUGCGACCUCAAGGCGCUCCUGCCCGCCUCCGUCCUCGCCGGCAGCGCCUGGGCAGGGGACGCCGGCGAGCUGUGGAGAUACUACAGCGACGCCGACUUCGCCAGCGCCACCACCACCCGGUGCUGCAGCGACAGCGUGAGCAGCGACGAGGGCGGCAGCGGCUACGACGUGACCCUCUCCAGCACGGGCUGCGACGACAACAACAAUGACAACAGCAGUGCCAACCUCAACGUGACACCCGACGCGCCCUCCGCCGCCUUCCAGCAGCAAGAGCAGGGCAAGGGCGACACCAACAACAACACCAUCGCCCCCGACGCCGACUGGACGGAGAGCAAGUCCAAGAACUCGAGUCCACGCCACAGACUGGUGGACGAGCAAGGCUUCAUCCGCCGCGCCGCCUGCCUCUGCGUCGACGAGACCGAGUCUAAGGUCUUGCUGGUGUCGAGCAAGAAGGACCUCUGUUCCUGGCUGGUUCCUGGAGGAGGUGUCGAAGAGGGGGAGGAGCCAGCGGAGGCGGCCGUCAGAGAGGCGUGGGAAGAGGCAGGUGUGCAAGGGCGCGUCACCAGAUAUUUGGGUGUUUUUGAGACGAACCACCACAGCGGACGCAAGAAGCACCGGACAGCCGUUUUCGUGGUGGUGGUGAAGCAGAUCCAUGCCCAGUAUCCUGAGGCUCAUUUGGGUCGAGCUCGCCAAUGGUUCAGCUUUGAAGAGGCUUUGAUUCAGCUCUCCCGCAACCGGCCCGUCCAGAGUGCUUAUCUCCAGCUCAUGUUAGCGUCGCGCCUCAAGGUCCCGCCAGCUUAAGAGAAACCCUACUUCGUGUCUGAGGAUUCGAGGAGGAAAAAAAGAGGACGUUUUGCGCGUCGAAGGAAGAGGAGGAGAAGGAGAAGGAGGAAAAGGAGGAGAAGGAGGACGACGAUGUAGGAUUUUUUUUUUAAACUUUCUCUUUCUUUUCCUUUCUUCUUUAUUAUUAUUUUCUUAGAAGGAAAUUAUACGAAGUUGGGUCUUCUCGGAUACAGCUUGGUGUAGGGAGCGUGGAAAAGUAAGAUAAAAAGGAAGGAAAAUGGGGAAAAAAACGAUGAACAGUUUAUCAUGGACUCUUGUUAGGGAGAAGUGAGAAUUAUGUUAAGUGGACCAAAAAGUGCGAGAGAAGGAGGAAGAGGAAGAGACACAGAAGGAGAAGAAAGAGGAGGAGCAAGAGAAGGAAGAGAAUGAGGAGGAAGAGAAGGAGGAAAAGGAGGAGAAUGAAUGAGGAGGAGGAAGAAGGUGGAAAAAGGGAGCACAAAGAGGGAGUAGGAGAAGAACUAUAAGAGAAAGACGAAGGGGAGAAGAAGGAAGAGGAGGAGCAGGAGGAGGAAGGAAGAUACGGUCUCAGGUAUCUGUUAUCUGUCGUAUCUCACGCCUAGAUCUUCAAGGAAUUCCAUUACCAACGACACUUAUUUUUUUUUAUAUACUCUUUUGAAACAAUUCAGAACUCUUAAACUGGACUGGCUUUUGUGCACAGUGGUGGAACGGGACCAAGUGGUCAAGGACUUCUUAGAACUUAAAACAAGUAAAAAAUAGUUUACCGAAGGAAACGAACAGAACUAUGUCGUUCGUAUCCAAUGUCAUGUUUACCUGAAGCUCAAUUAAUCUUAAUAAACAAAAAAAAAAAAAAACGAACAGUUUGUUUGUGCACUUUCAGUACUCAAGAGAAGUGAAACAGAACAAGAAAAGUGUUGUUGGUUGUAAAAACAAAAUAUUUUUUAGAGAUUCAUAGUUGAAGACAAUUGUAAAUAUAUCUAGUUUACAGUGGCUGUGUACCACUUAACGUCUGUGAUGAUAAGGAAAAGUGCCAAGAAAAUGUAAAGUGUCUCAGAAGAAUUUACUUAAUUCUUUCUUAGAGCAAUCAAAUGAAGUGUUGUACGUUAUAGAAGGAUCUUCAGAAUGGCUGUCUUUUAUAUGUAAAAUGUUAUAUUGGCAAAAAUGUUUGUGAAUCACCCUUGUUAAUGCCUGUUUUUAUUUAUUUUUCUUCACUGCUAGGAGGUGAUAUCCCAAGGCUAUGGUGUUUAUUGUUAUUGUUGAGAUUGUUAAUAGGGAAAUGGGAGCUCAGGCCAUGGAUUGUGAGUGGCGAAGAACCACCUAAGAAUAAUUAAAAUAAGAGAGAAUUGUCAGCCCAAAAAUCACCUGCGUUAAAGACUGUCCGGUAAAUGAUACGCAAAUUUCAAGAAUAUGGUUACGCUUAUGAUCAUAGUCCUGUAAUAAACUAAUACCAUAAACUUAACUGCGACAAGAAAACAAAAGCAAAAAAUUAAAAAAAUGCUAUAGCAAACUCAACUAAAAAUAUGUGAUAUAUUCCAUACUGGUUACCUAUUUACCUAUUACCCCCCUAUGACAUUCAUCCAAACUUAACAUAAGUAGUAUUACAGAUAUGAUCAUAUUCGCGUAAUAAACUAAUAUUACAAAACCAAUAUGAAUCAAAAAAACAAAAAUUCAAUAUAAUAAAUACAACAAAAAUAAAUUCUACAACCUUGUUAUCAAUUAUUAUUAUUAUUUUUAUAAAUCUAACCCCUAAAAUCACUUGCAUUAAAGCUUGUCCAAUAACCACAAUAAGAAAUAAAAAUACAAAUAAACAAUGAAGAAAUUCCAUUAAAAGACAAAGAAAAAAAAUACAUAUACAUACAUAUUGCAAGUGUUGAUCUAUGGCAAGAAAUCAAUGAGCUCAUUUUCAACUGCAAGAGUACAUGGUUUAACUGUUCCGUUGUUUGGUGUUUUAAGCAACCUUGAGUGCAUGCUGGGAUUCGUGACGUGUUAAAUGAAACUAUCAUGUAUUAAGCCUUUGUAUUCUGUUAUUUCCUUUCUUAAAAACAAAAAAUCAUCUAUUUAGAUUCUUGUAUCUCACCCAUUUUUUUGUAU